AUCUCGCGUUAAAUAACAUUUUCCCUUUUGAGCAUCUUCUUCUCCUUCUUCUUCUUCUUUCUAUCAGCCAAAGUCCAAAAAUCUCAUUAUCAUCUUCUUCCUUUAGAUCAUAUAACAAAAAAGAAAGCUAACCAAGACCCAUAAAAUUCCCAAGUACAGGACCCACAAAAGAGUUCUACAUUCAAUGCCUCGAAACGAAAGAUAGCUCCAUUAGAUUUGAGCUAAGUUUUCGUGGGAUUCACUUUAUUUUACUGGGUUUCUUUUUAUGUCCAGAGGGAGAUUUUUUUAGAAAAGAUUAGAUUUUCAGGCAUCUCUGCUGAAAUGGUUCUCUAUUAGAUCUAAGUCUCACCAUUGAAACUGGAGAUAUUGUUGAAUCAAAGGAAUCAAGCUCAUGGAAAUAGGAUAUUGGAGAAGAAUGCAGGCAUAACAUAUUUUUUAACAUGAUUUUGUUAAUAAAAUUGUAAGAAGUUGAUUGGUAUUGAUUGGCAAGCUGACGAAUCAAGGCCAUGAUAGGCAAUCCAACCCAUCCCUUGAGCAAAGAUGAAGAGUCUGUCAAAAUGCAACAUUGCAACAUACAUAUGCUUGUUUUUAUUGUUGCCUCUUGGUGUGUUCUCUCUUCGCACUCUUCUUUCUGAUCCAUGUGACCCAUCAAAUGAGUUGGACCCACAAGCCCUCAGAGCAGAUCAAAUCACUGUCCUUAUUAAUGGAUACUCCGAGUCCCGCAUCGCUCUCCUCCAAACAAUUGCUGCCACAUACUCUGCCUCCCCGCUUGUAUCCUCUGUGCUGGUCCUCUGGGGGAACCCUUCCACUCCGCCUCAAACACUGGCCCACUUGGCCCAUAAUCUCUCCCUCUCCUCCUUUGGCAUGGCAACCAUCACCCUUGUACGCCAACCUUCAAGCAGCCUCAAUGACCGCUUCCUCCCUAGAUCAUCCAUUAGGACACAAGCUGUCUUGAUUUGCGACGAUGAUGUGGAAGUUGAUCGUAAGUCCUUUGACUUCGCAUUUCAGAUUUGGAGAUUGAAUCCUAACCGACUAGUUGGGCUCUUUAUCAGAUCACAUGAUCUCGAUUUGUUAUCAAGGAAGUGGAUUUACACUGUGCAUCCAGAUAAGUACUCGAUUGUGCUCACAAAGUUCAUGAUUUUGAAAAGCCAGUAUUUGUUCGAGUACAGUUGCAAGGGGGGGCCUAACAUGAGCGAAAUGAGGAGAAUUGUCGAUCAGAUGAAGAACUGUGAAGAUAUACUGAUGAAUUUUGUGGUGGCUGAUAGGACAAAUGCAGGACCUAUAUUGGUGGGUGCAGAUAAGGUUAGGGAUUGGGGAGAUGCUCGUAACGAAGACAAUAAACAAGGGCUGGGAUUGAAAGAUGCAGGAGGGAGCAAGGUAACAGCAGCGGGGUUGAGCAGUAGGAAAAGGGAGCAUAGGAAGAGGAGAGGACAGUGCAUAACAGAAUUCCACAAGUUGUUAGGAAGAAUGCCAUUGAGGUAUAAUUAUGGGAAAAUAGUUAAUUCAGUUGGUGAACAAGGACUGUGCAUGAAAGGGGGCAAGUUGGUCUUUUGCGAUAGAUACCAAUGAUUUUUUUUUUUUCAUUGUCCAAGAAAAUAUUUGUUCAAACUGAAAUUUCAUUUCCCAUUUAAAAUUCUCUAAUAUAUCAGAAAAAAAGUUAGCAUGUUGCUUGUAAUGUACAGAAACAAAAGAAAUUUUGUCAGCAAA